UUAUGUUCAUCAUCGUAUUAUCAUUCUGAAAGAAAACAAAAUCUGUUCUUGCGUUCUAUUUUCCCUUUCGAAUACAUCCUCUACAUCAGUUGGUAUCAGCAGACCAGCCGACGAUCCACGAUGCCGCCGAAGAAGGACAAAGCCGUAAUCGACAAUUCCAUCGAUGAACGAUUUCAUAGGAUUGAUGAGCGUUUUGACGGAUUUGACGAACGAUUUACGGACCUAUCAUCGGGGUUUGAGGAAAUGCGACUGACAAUGCGUACAAUGAUGGACGAGAUGCGUCGAAACCGCGAUGGGGCUGACCGGGGCAAUCGCGUGGGACAGCGGGGAGGUCGUGGAGGUCGAGGACUUGGCGGGGCGCCCCGCCGACUGUCACCACCUCUGCCGACCGGCGAGGAUUCAGACGAGACCGUAACCCUCGAAAACCCGUUCGCUGAUGGAGUUUAUCCGCGGGCCACGGUUGACGGUGGUCUAGGGUUUCGGCACGGCGGGAAUCGGGAGGCGCGUGAUGGCGAUUGGCGUCCGCGUCGUCGGUUUCCUGGGCGACCAGACGUGGAGGCGGGAAGAAAUUUUCGCCGGGAGGGUCCGACUUCCGAUGACGAUUUGUGGGAAGAGGACGGCUUUGGUCGCCGCGACCGUGAGCUGUACGCCGAUGAGGAAGACGCCGCGGGACUGUGGCAGCAGCGACGUGGGGAGGAUGAGCGAGCAGCGGCGGGACAUGACCGACACCGGCGUGCUUUUGAGGGCGGCUGGAAUGAUGGCCUGGGAACGUACCAGCGUGGCGUUCGGCGCCCGAUAGAUGGUGGCGAGGACUCGCGUUGGGAGGCGGGAUUUCGGGUUGAAAUUCCGGAGUUUUAUGGCAGUGUGGAGCCGGGCGAUUUUGUGGAUUG